AUGGCCGUGUUGUACUUUUUCCGCGAACCUGAAACUGUUUUCGAUUGCGCCAGCUUCAUUUGCGGCUUGCAAUUUGUUAUGGGUUGCAAUGGAUUUUGGGGGCAAAUUGGUACGAAUUUUAAGAUCACCCGGUGGAGGCGGAUAUACUCAUUGACGAUUUCAAUUGUGGCGUUAAUGGGUCUCUACGGAUCCUUAAGCGUUCUCUUAAAAGCUGAAGAUAUUAAGGAACGAGUGAGAAAGGCCGACAAUCUGGUGCUAAGCAUUGCAGUUCUGGAAUUGUUCAUGUCCAGCUUGGUUUUUGUUGCCACAGUGUCUUCCCUGCAAUUAUAUGCCCAUCGCCACUUGAAAAUCUACUUAAGUUUAGCUGCCUUAGAUUGCAGGCUAGUAAGUGACUUCGGGGCAAACCUCAAUUACAGGAAAAUGCUCAGGAAAAAUGUCGCUGUGCUGGCGGUGGUAACUAUCAUCUACUUGGGAGCAAUUAAUUGUGCCGCCAUCCAAGUGGGCAGCGGUCACAGAGCUCUAUUUCUGAUAUCCGCCAUGGGCUAUACGAUUGUCACUGGAGGACCACACUUUACUGGCUAUGUCCACAUGACCUUGGCCGAAAUGCUGGGCAUCCGUUUCCGGUUGCUGCAGCAGAUGCUCAGUCCGAAGUUUCUCGAAUGGCGCUUUCCGCAAAGAAAAGUGCGAGAAUUGCGUAUACGCCAGGUGGUGUCGAUGGUCCAGGAGCUGCACUACCUCGUCCAGGAGAUCAAUGCGGUGUACGCCUUCAGCCUUUGGUCAGCGAUGGCCCACGAUUUGGCCAUGAGCACCAGCGAGUUGUACAUACUGUUCGGCCGAUCCAUGGGCGUUCUGGGCAGUGCUCAGAAUGAGAGUGAGGAGGAUCAGGGCAGCAGUUUUCAAUUAAUCGGAUACGUGGCCCUCUGCAUGUUGCCGCCACUCUACAAACUCCUGAUUGCCCCUUUCUACUGCGAUCGCACCGUUUCCGAAGCCCAAAAGUGUUUGCGUCUCAUCGAGCAACUGGACAACUGGUUUCCCGAAAAGUCCUCGCUGAGUUCUCUGGUCGAUUCCUCGAUGUCCUGGCGGAUUCAGGCAAAGUUCCAGUUCACCAGUGGCCUGGAUAUCGUCCUCAGCCGAAAAGUCAUCGCAAUGUUCACAUCGAUUCUGGUCAACUAUCUGCUAAUCCUUAUCCAGUUCGCCAUGACCCAAAAGAUGGGAGAGCAAAUCGAACAGCAAAAGAUUGCCCUGCAAGAGUGGAUUGGAUACUGA